AUGUUCUGUUCAUUAAAUGAGACAACAUCUAAUGGUGGAAUGAUAGUUUGGAUACAAAAUGGUUUUACAUUAUGUUUUUAUGAUACACUUACAACAUCAAUUUUAUUUGGUUUUAUAUUUAUUUUGGGUUUAAUUCAAUUUAUUGUUUAUAAACGAUAUGGAUUUAAAAUUGAACAUGAAUAUAUUGAUGCAUCAGUUUUAUAUGUUAUACAAGUUAUAUUAACAGUUCUCUUAGCAUGUGAACCAAUAUUAUUAUAUGCAACUGAAACAACAGCACUUGGAAAAACUAAACUUCCGGGUUAUACAAUAUUUCGUUGUGUUCUUCGUACAAUUGCUUGGUUACUUUCAUUAUUAAUACUUCGUGUUGAACGAACUAAAAGAAUGCCAACAGCUCAAACACGUGGUCAUGGUUUAAUAAUACUUACAUUUUGGUGUAUAGCACUUUUAAUUGAAUUAUUUGCAUUAAUAUCUUAUCGUUCACCAUUAUGGUUUUUUCAACCAAUAAUUCGACAUUAUCCACCAAUUGAAGGAAUUCAUAUAAUUCAUUUUAGUUAUUGGAUAUUUCGAUUAAUUGCAACAAUGUUAAUAUUUUGUAUUGGUCUUCGUGCACCUGGUGUACCACAACGACGUUAUGCUAUUAUGUUAAAUCGUUCUCAUUCACAAAUUGAAGAAGAAAAAAUGAAAGAAAGUGUUUGGGUUAAAUUUUUUCGACAUUUUAAACUUUUAGCACCAUUUAUAUGGCCACGUGGACAAUGUGGAUUACAAAUUAAUAUUAUUAUUUGUAUUUUUAUUCUUAUAGCUGGUCGAUUACUUUCAUUAGAAGUACCAAGAUAUACAAAAUUAAUUACUGAUGAAUUAAUUGAAUCGAAUAAUAGUACAACUGAUACAUUUUUAAAUUUGGGAGCUCGAUUACGUGCACCAAAUAGUUGGCCAUGGAGAUUAGUUAUUGUUUUAAUGGUUUUUCGAUUUUUACAAGGUGCUGGUCUAUUUGGUUCAGGUGUGUUAGGAAUUGUUCGAACAACAUUAUGGACAAAAAUUGAACAAUAUACAACACGAUCAUUAAAACUUCAAGUAUUUUCACAUUUACAUAAUUUAUCAUUAAGUUGGCAUUUAUCACGAAAAACUGGUGAAGUAUUACGUAUUGUUGAUCGUGGUACUGAUUCAGUUGAUUCAUUACUUGAUUAUGUAUUAUUUAGUAUAUUUCCAACAAUAGCAGAUAUUCUUAUUGCUAUUGUCUAUUUUGUUAUACAAUUUAAUAUAUGGUUUGGUAUAAUUGUAUUUGCAACAAUGUUAAUUUAUCUUAUAUUAACAAUAGUUAUAACAGAAUGGCGUACAAAAUAUAAAAAAGAAAUGAAUAAAUUCGAUAAUGCUAUGAAUGCAACUGCUGUUGAUUCAUUAUUAAAUUUUGAAACAGUAAAAUAUUAUGGUGCAGAACGAUAUGAAGUUACACAAUAUCAAGAUGCUAUACAAAAAUAUCAAAAAGCUGAAUGGAUAAAUCAAUUAACAUUACAAUUAUUAAAUUUUGUUCAAGCUGUUUUUAUUGGUAUUGGUUUAACAAUUGGUUCACUUUAUUGUGCUUGGCUUGUUAGUAUUAAACAUGAAUUAACUGUUGGUGAUUAUGUUUUAUUUGGUACAUAUAUACUUCAAUUAUAUGCACCAUUAAAUUAUUUUGGUACAUAUUAUCGUCUUAUUCAACAAGCAUUUAUUGAUAUGGAAAAUAUGCUUGAUUUACUUGAUAUUAAACCUGAUGUUGAAGAUUCACCAUUUGCUAAAGAUAUUGUUAUUAGUAAUGGAAUGAUUGAAUUUGAUAAUGUUUGUUUUUAUUAUCAACCCGAACGAGCUAUUCUUAAAAAUAUUUCAUUCAGCAUUUUACCUGGACAAACUAUAGCUAUUGUUGGACCAUCAGGAGCAGGUUA